AUGGCGGCGUUGGGUGGGGAGGCUGCUGCGGACGAGGAGGACGGUGCCUGGCCGGAGGUGACGGAUUCCGGCCGGCGGGAGCUGAGCCUGGUGGCGGGGCCGGAGCUGGAGAGGCGGGUGCGGGCCGCGGGGGGACGGCUGCCGUCCGCCCUGGGCUCGCUAGGGGCGUCGCUUCGGUCGCUGGAGGUGCGCGGCGGCUGCGCCUGCCUGCGGACGGGCCCGGCCUUGGCGCGGCUGACGGCGCUGCACACGCUGGCGCUGCCCGGCUGCGCGCUUGGCCCGGCGGGGCUGGCUCAGGCGGCUGCUCUCCUCCCGCUCACGCUGCGCAUCCUCGACCUCUCGGACAAUGCUCUGGAAGAGCUGCCUCCCGAGCUGGGCGGCGUCGAUGCCGAAGCUGGAGCCGGCGAGGCCGGGGGGAGCUCUAACCACGCGCCAGGCCUGCCCGAACUGCGGCUCCUUAACCUGCGCCGCAACCGCCUGCGCCAGCUCGGUCCCGGCCUGGCCCGCAACGCCCCGGCUUUGCAGGAACUGCUGCUGGGCGGCAACUGCCUGCGCUCCCUCCCUGGCGGCCUCUUGCCUGCGCCCGGCCGCACCCCGCCCUUGCCCCUGCUCGCCACCCUCGAAGCGGCCGGCAACGAACUCGAGGAACUCGGCCCCCAGAUCUCCCGCCUGGCUGGCCUAAAGAACUUGGACGUUUCUAAUAACAAACUAUCUGAAAUCCCUGUGGAGUUAGCAGACUGUCCAAAACUGAAGGAUGUCAACCUGAAAGACAAUGCCCUGAAAGACAAACGCCUUGAGAAGAUGGUGAAGAGUUGCCAAACGAAAUCCGUCUUGGAGUAUUUGCGAGUUGGGGGCCGAGGGGGUGGCAAAGGGAAAGGAAAACAGGACGGCACAGAAAGAGAAGAGGUUCGGCGAAAGAAGAGAGAAAAGCCAAAGAAAAAAGCCAACAGCGAUUCAGAAGAUGAUGAGGCAGAAGAGGCACAGAAGCUAAUGGUCAAAGUGCUCCACAUCUCUGAGAAUCCAGCUCCUCUGAUCGUGAAAGCCAGCCCAGUCAUCAAAGAAGUCCGCCCCUAUAUUGUGUGCUGUGUUGUGAAAGGAAUGGAUUUCCAGACAGGCAAUGCUUUGAAGAGGUUUCUUUCUGUUCAGACCAAACUCCAUGAAGACAUCUGUGACAAACGAACAGCAGCCACCAUUGCCACGCACGAUUUGCGACUGAUCAAAGGUCCUCUCCUGUAUGAUGCUCGACCUCCUGAUGAACUGAAGAUUAUUCCCUUGGGCCGAAAGGAGAUCAAGGCGAAAGACCUCCUCCGCCAGCUGCAGUUAGAAGCUGAUGAGCAGAGGAAACAGAAGAAGAGGCAGAAUAUUUCUGGGCUGCACAAGUAUCUUCAGUUACUAGAUGGGAAAGAGAAUUACCCCUGCCUAAUAGAUGCUGAAGGUGCUGUGAUUUCAUUCCCACCAAUCACAAACAGUGAGAAGACAAAGCUCGGAAAAACAACCUCAGGUAUCUUUCUGGAAGUGACAAGUGCCACCAGCCUGCAGAUCUGUAAAGACGUGAUGGAUACUCUCCUUCUGAAAAUGGCAGAGCUCCACAAGUUCACUGCUGAGAACAAGGACGGGGAAGUGAAUUCUGAUCAUGAAUCAAACGAGAUUCUCCAUUGCGAAAACUCGGGCAUCAAAACAGUUCCCAAGAAUUCCCCUCUGAUGCUGGAACAGGUUCGGGUCGUGGAUAUGGACGGCAACUUAAAGGUCCUUUACCCUUCAAAAACUGAUCUCAGUACCGUCUCAUCUCUCCUCACUGUAAUUCACUAAGCCAACCAAUGUUUUCCUCCCCACUGCUUGUUUUCAGGGGCCUGGGUAUAUAUUUUACAAUAGCCUUGUUUUGCUACAGUUUGAUUUUAUACCAACCGGAAGACAGCCGCUGCUCUGCUUUGCAGAGGAUUCAUUUAAAUGCAGUGGAACAAGAUGUUGCAGUCUUGCGGGUGAUCCCAAGAAUGCUUUGGGUAAUCAGUUGUAACUGACCUCAUGUCCAUACCUGGAAGCAACACACAUCUCUUUUGGAUUGAGGUGCUGAGCUGUAUUUCUUCUUAUAUAAUAACCAUAUUGCCCAGGCAAACUUAAGCUUUGUGGGGCACUGUCCCUCACAAUAACUGCCCCAUUUGGCAACUUGCUUUUUGAAAUGGAGGGAAACGCAUCGUUGACUCACUCCUGAUCCAGCCUCUUGUCCUCCAAGGUAAAAAGGACUUUAGUAGAGUGUUCCUCUCCAGCAUGGCAGUUGCUGAGUCCUGCUUAUGAGCAGUGAGCCGAGGAUGAGCACUGAGCUAUGUAAGGGGAGGCACUGUCUAAAGUCUCUUGCUACUAUUCAUAAGGAGGGGACCCUGUUACAUCACAUUGGCUGCGGUCACACAUAAUGCACUUUCAACCCACUUUCAAUGCACUUUCUAACUGGAUUUUGCCAGUUCACACAGUAAAAUCCAGCUGGAAAGUGCACUGGAAGUGGAUUGAAAGUGCAUCAUUUAGUCUGUUGUGAUCACAGCCUCUCUGUGCUAAUUUAGGUGAAUUCAUUUGUUGGAUGAUGCAGAGAGGAGGAGAAUCCCUGGCUCGGGAGGCUCUGCAGACCCCACAACGGAGGCCUUUGUGGCCACUGGUUGAGCUCCUGGGUUUCCUGAAGGUACAGAAUCACAUUUACUGACUUGGACUCUUGAAAGCCUCACGCUCUCGUCGUAUCAUGACACAGUGGUUUCCACGUGCCCCACCCCCCACCCCAGGUUCAUUGCGUUUCUCUUCUUCGCACGUUGCCAGGCAUGUAGGAUGAAGCUACAAGACUGCAGUGGUCGGAGAACGAAGCGAGCUUGUGCUCUGUAUAACAGGAGCCUUUGAGCCUUCUCCCCACAGCAAAUCACUCUUCACGUUGAGGAUUCUCCCAAAAGCUGGUUGCGAUAACAGCAAAGAGGAGAUCGGAAUCUAUUGUACGUUAACUUCUCUUUGAACAAGUCCUAGGCAUGCCUAAAGUACCUUUUCUUUAACAUCCUGGUCUGUAGCACUUAUUGGAUCACGCGGAGGAAUUUGUCAGCGAGUAGUGUCAAAAGAUUAGAAAUAAAAGCAGAAAUACAGA